GCAGCAUUGACCACACAUCCUUUGCAUUCCAAGCUCUGCCACUUCACCACCAGUUCCUACCACUCCCUUCCAUCCAAACCCCCAGACCUCUUCCUCAGCUCUCUCUCUCUCUCUCUCUCUCUCUCUCUCUCUCUCUACUAGUCACCAAGCAAUGGACGCUACAUUAACCGCAACCAAAUCCUCCAACUGAUUUCCCCACACUCCGAUGGCCGCCGCGGCCCUUUCUCUCCUCCCUCCUUCCUCUCCUCACCUCCUCUUCCCGCCGUCGCCGUCGCCGUCUUCGUCUUCAUCUUCUUCCUUUGCUCUCUGCGGGUCCCGCAAGAGCUUCGCCUCACUCAAUUGUACUACUCGUCCGUGGAACAAGUUGAGUAGGAAACGCCGCGUUGGGACGGUGUUCGCCGCUUCCGGUGAUUACUACGCCACUCUCGGGGUUAAUAAAGCCGCUACUAGCAAGGAAAUCAAAACCGCUUAUCGGAGAUUGGCUCGCCAGUUCCACCCUGAUGUCAACAAGCAACCUGGAGCAACUGAAAAGUUUAAAGAGAUCAGUGCUGCAUAUGAGGUGCUAUCAGAUGAUAAGAAGCGGGCUUUAUAUGAUCAAUAUGGUGAAGCUGGAGUUAAGAGCACGAUGAGUGGGGGAUCUUCAACCUAUACGACUAAUCCUUUCGAUUUAUUUGAGACAUUUUUUGGGUCAAGCAAUCCUUUCCCUGAUAUGGAUACUCGUUUUGAAACACGUCGUCGCAGUACUGUUACUAAGGGUGAAGAUAUACGUUAUGACAUCACUUUAGAAUUUUCUGAGGCUAUAUUUGGAGUGGAAAAAGAAUUUGAACUUUCCCAUCUGGAAACAUGUGAAGUUUGCGCUGGGAGUGGGGCAAAAGUAGGCUCCAAAAGGAGGAUAUGUUCUACUUGUGGUGGGAGGGGUCAAGUUAUGAGAACAGAGCAGACACCUUUUGGCUUGUUUUCUCAGGUUUCUGCAUGUCCGAAAUGUGGUGGAGAUGGUGAAGUUAUUUCUGAAUACUGUCGGAAUUGCUCUGGAGAAGGACGUGUUCGUGUUAAGAAAAGUAUCAAAGUGAAAGUUCCUCCUGGUGUUAGCAGGGGAAGCAUUCUCAGAGUUGCUGGAGAGGGAGAUGCUGGACCGAGAGGGGGCCCUCCUGGAGAUCUUUAUGUAUAUCUUGAUGUUGAAGAAAUAGAAGGAAUUCGAAGAGAUGGCAUAAAUCUCUCUUCAACAGUAUCUAUAAGCUAUCUGGACGCCAUAUUGGGAACUGUUGUUCAGGUUAAAACAGUGGAAGGAUUAACAACACUACAAAUUCCACCAGGCACCCAACCAGGUGACAUUUUAGUCCUGACCAAAAAAGGAGUACCAAAGCUGAACAAGCCAUCAAUUCGUGGUGACCAUGUGUUUACAAUUAAAGUAGCCAUACCAAAUCGUACCAGUGUCAAGGAACGUGAAUUGCUUGAAGAACUUGCUUUACUCAGUAAUACUACCGCCAGCCGAUCACGUACUCGACCCAAGUCCCAGCCAGUUGCAAAUACCCAAACUGAUGUGGGAACAGUUGCAGAUGAAACAGUGGAAGAAGAUGAUCAAAGUGACCCAUGGAAGAAGUUAAAAGACUUUGCGGGGUCUGUUGCAAAUGGUGCUUUAAAAUGGCUGAGAGACAACCUCUAGUCCGGUUUCUGUCAACUAAAAUAUUGGCACUAGAUAUAUUUCUUCCUGCCAGGUUCCCUUCUAUGAGUGGUCUUGAAUGAGCCUUGCAGUCAACACUCCUAUGUCUUACAAAGUACAAACUGGAUAACAAGUAGUUAGGUAUUAUUUUAUUUCUUGAUAACAUUUUUACCAAAUUAAUGAUGAACAAUCGCAUGCCGCAUGCAUUUAGCAAUUUGUAUCACCUACAAAACUAGUGGAGUUCAAGGGUAAACUUGUUAUCUUUACGGAAA